AUGGUAUUGGUUCCGUUUACUGGUGUUGAUAAUCACAAGAGAGGCGUCACAUUUGCAAUUGGUUUGAUUUCCCGUGAAGAUGCGGACUCUUAUGUGUGGCUUCUUCAGCAAUUUAAAAGUGCAAUGGGUUGUGUGCCUAGUUGCACUAUCACUGAUCAAGAUCCUUCGAUGCGGGUUGCAGUCUCACAAGUGUUUGAUACUACGCGGCACAGGUUUGGUAUGUGGCAUAUAAUGUCAAAGGUUGGUGAGAAGGUUGGUAAUGUUCUAUCUAAAGACGAGGAGUUUCGGCGUGCUUUGAAUGAUGUUGUUUGGUGUGAGACGUUGUCCGUGGAGGAGUUUGAGUGGGGUUGGCAGGACGUAAUGGAAAAGUAUAGCCUUGAUGAUCACCGGUGGUUUCGUCUUAUGUAUUGGAUCCCUGUGUUUUUUAAUGAUCUUUUCAUGGGUGGUCUGCUUCGCACGACAUCUAGGUCCGAAGCUGCGAAUAGUGUGUUUGGUAGUUGCACAAACCAACAUGCUAGUUUGUCUGAGUUGUUCAACAAUUUUGAAGGAGCUAUUGAUGCUCAACGUUUGGCGCAGGCCAAACUGAAUGCCGAAUGGUUGGUAACCCGGUAUGAGGUUCAAGAUGGUGAUGAGCCGGUGCGCACCGUGAGUUUUGACUCUGGUAAUGAUGUUAUCGAGUGCACGUGUAACAUGUUUUCACGGGUUGGGUUACUUUGUCGUCAUAUUUUCUGGGUUUUCAAGGAUCGUAGGGUUGUUUCUAUCCCUUCUCGGUAUGUGGUUGCACGUUGGACCAGGGGGGCUUGUGUGCGGCAGUUGUUGGGUGUUCAACGUGGGGGCGCUUCGGAGGUAAAUGUCACUAUUGGUGAAGCUUGGACAGAAUUCUUUUCGUGCGUGACCAUGGCUUCACGGAGUGUUGAUCAUGUUACGAAGUUGACUGCAGCUUUGAAAGAUUUCAAUGCUUGUUUAUUGGCUGAGAAUGGUCCUAGCGAUCGUUCCUCUUCUUCUAAGAAGCAACUAUUUGAGUCGUUUUGUGGUGCUUCGCCCGAUGGUCAAGUAGAUAUUCGUCCUCCUCCAAUCUCUAAUAACAAGGGUGGUGGCAAACGUUACAAAAGUACAAGGGAAUUAGCUAUUGAAAAGUCGGGCCGUCGUCAACGACAAUGCCAAACUUGUGAAAAGUAUUGCCAUAAUAGUCGUACCUGCCCGAUGCGCAACGUUGACGUAUGA